AUCUGUGAUGAAAUAGGUAGGAUGUAGGGAUGAAGUGAAAAUAUAAAGCAUUUCGUUUUCACAAGAAUUUCAGCAGUCUGUCUUUGUCUUCAUUCAACUGCAGGUUUACUCUCUGAAAAUGAGGCUGUCAUUUGUUCUCGUUCUUUUUUCUAUCUCUGCUGCAUUCAGUGGGAGUGAGGCCAUUCGAAGCCUGGUCUUCCCCAGUGAAACCAGUACCAGCUACGUAGAGAUGAUCGCUACAAAGCCGCUCAAGCUGACAGCGUUCACGCUGUGCAUGCGUGUGGCUACCGAGCUCAGCGGCGAGAGAGAAAUCCUCCUGUUUGCGUAUCGGACCAACGACUUUGAUGAGCUGAAUGUGUGGCGGGAGCUGGAUGGAAGAUUGUCCUUCUACCUGAGUGGGGAUGGAGUUCUGUUCCAAGUCCCGGACCUCGGCUACCUGCAGACUCACCUGUGCUUCACCUGGGACUCCAGCUCAGGCGCUGCGGCUGUCUUCAUGAACGGCAGGAAGAGUCAGACCAAAAUCUACCGGAAGGGUCACACCAUCCGCCCCGGAGGCAGAGUCAUCCUCGGCCAGGAUCCUGACAGUUUUCUGGGCGAAUUUGAUGCAAAGCAGAGUUUUGUGGGAGAGAUUUCUGAUGUGACCGUGUGGGACUCCGUCCUGUCAGACCCUGCCAUCCAAAGUCUGUUUAAUGGGAGAAGGGUGGAAAAAGGAAAUGUGUUUGACUGGGAAACUGUGGAGCUUAUACCGUUUGGAGAGGUGGAGGUCAUGUAUGUUGAUCUGAUCUGAUUUUGAUUAUUUCAGGAUGGAGAAAAUAUUCAGUUUUCUUUCUUUGGGCAAAUAAAAUGUAUCCUGCAAUA